AAGGUUCAUGGAAGCGCGUGAGAACCAGAACUCUGACAAGAAUCAAAGGCAUGAAAGGGUUCAAUUGACUGCUGUUGUGGCUUCUGAUUCCAGUGAUAAAUCAAAAGAGAAAUCAGGGGGUCAAAAGCUUCUUGUGAAGCAAUUGGAGCCUUUAACCGAGCAACAAUUGGUAGGCAUUUACAACUUGCAGCAGUCAUCCAAGCAGGCUGAAGAUGCUCUGUCACAAGGCAUGGAGGCAUUGCAACAACCCAUGGCUGAGACACUGGCCAACGGCUCACCUGGCUCAUCAGGAUCAUCUGAGAAUGUGGCAAACUAUAUAGGUCAAACGGCCAUGGACAUAGAAAAGCUUGGAACACUUGAGGGAUUCCUUCGCCAGCAUGAAAGGGUUCAAUUGACUAUUGUUGUGGCUUCUGAUUCUAGUUAUAAAUCAAAAGAGAAAUCAAGGGAUCAAAAGGCAUGUGUGCAACAACUUGAGAGUAGCCGCCUAAAGCUAAAUCAACUAGAACAAGAGCUCCGGUUAGCCCGCCAGCAGCUUCUUGUGAAUCAAUUGGAGCCUUUAACUGAGAUGCUCUGUUACUAGGCAUGGCGGCAUUGCAACAAUCCCUGGCUGAGACAUUGGCCAAUGGCUCACCUAGCCGGUUAGGAUCAUUUGGGAAUGUAGCAAACUACAUAGGAAAGCUUGGAACACUUGAGGGAUUCCUUUGCUAGGCAAUCAGCUCGUGCACUUCUUGCAAAAAAUGACUAUUCCUCUCGUCUUCAAGCCCUUAGUCUCCUCUGGCUUGUGCGGCCAUGGGAAUGAGAAGCACAAAAAUUGUCUUGAUGAAGUUCUUUUGAAGAUUGACUCAACCCAUCUUAUCAAAGGAUCGCUAAGCAUUGAGUUCUUAAUGGAUCAGUCAUGGUUCACCAUUCAGUGGAUUGCUGUUGAUCUUUAACCCCAAAUUCCUUUGGGGAUUGGGUUGUCAUGCAUUAGUCAUAUUGAUGAUGAAAUUGAAAUUUGUAAAUCUCUUUGUUGUUGAUUUGGUCUCCAUCUGCACUUCUAGUGUCACAUGUGUUUACCUAGGUCAUUUAUUCUCAUUUCUUAUGUUGUUGAUUUGGUCUCCAUAUGCACUUCUAGUGUCACAUAUGUUUAUCUAUGUCGUUUAUUCUCAUUUCUUAUGUUUAAACUUUAGUUCUAAUAAUCUGAUUAUGUUAGAUGUUUAAUAGAACCAGGAAGGACAAUAUGAUAGUAUUUGUAAUGUAGGUUACAAUAAUUAGUUUGUAUACCAAAAUUA